AUGAGCAAGUGUCUCGUCCUGCUCGUGGUCGCGCUCUCCCUUCUCGUGAGCGCUAACGCUAUCGCGGCCUCGCCCGAGAACAUGGCGUCCAAGUUGAGUGCCCUGGGCGUGAACGACAAGCGAUCGCUUCGCGGCAUGAAGUCGACUGAUGGCCCAGCUGAUGAACAAAGGGGCGAUUUGACCAAGAUCGCCCAAAAGUUCAAGGCGGCGUUGUCCAAGACCAGCAUUGGUCAAAAGAUUCAGGCGAUGCAACUAAAGAAAAUUGCUGCGAGAGAGGAGCAGGUGAAGAAGCUGCUCCAAGAGGACGCCCCCUUCGCGACAUUGCACGCCAACAAGGUGACGCCUGGAGAGUACUUGCAGGCGACGGGAAUCAAGUUGUCUGAGCUGCCAGGCGCGAACGCUGAGAUACUCGUCCCCGCGUACGGAAAGUUUAAACGCUACAAACAGUUUGUCCAGAGGCAAACGCCUCAAAAAGUUAUCCGUAUCUCCGACCGAGAAGGAAAGCGCUUUAGGGUGAGAGACAAUUUAAUUUGGUUCGCAUGA